UUUGAUUCGGAUUUUUUUGGUGCCUGGUGUGCCCAAACACCGACCUUCUAUCUCUCUCAUCUCAUCUCAUCUCAUCUCAUCUCUCUCUCUCUCUCUCUCUCUCUCUCUCUCCUUUUCAACAAAGCAUUAUUCGAUUUCGUCUUGCCCUCUCUUUACAACACCCCAUUUCUGCAAAUUGCAUUUAUCUCUGUUUUCCCAUUUUUCUUGCACAGCUUUUCCAUCUGACAAUCUCAACUUUUGGUUUUUUUUGCUCUGCAUCUCUCUAAAAAAAGAAGGCAAUUGAAAAUGAAGAAGUUUGUACUGAAGUUGGAUUUGCCUGAUGGCAAAGCCAAGCAGAAGGCUCUCAAGACAGUCUCUACUCUUUCAGGCAUUGAUUCCAUUGCCAUGGACAUGAAGGAAAAGAAAUUGACAGUGAUCGGAAGCGUGGACCCGGUGACUGUGGUGAGCAAGUUGCGCAAGUAUUGGCAAACAGAUAUAAUCUCAGUCGGACCAGCAGUAGAGCCUAAGAAAGAGGAACCAAAGAAGGAAGAGCCCAAGAAAGACGAACCAAAGAAAGAAGAAGAGGCGAAGAAGGAGGAGCCCAAGAAAGAAGAAGAAGCCAAGAAGGAGGAGCCAAAGAAAGAAGAAGAAAAGAAGGAAGAAGAGAAGAAGAAAGAGCUAGACCCCGUCUUGGCGUACAAAGCGUACAACCCCCACAUGACCACAUACUACUAUGUGCACAGCAUGGAAGAGAAUCCGAAUUCAUGCGUUAUUUUCUAGGCAAGCAAGCUUCUUGAAUCCUCGAACGAGGGACUCAAAAUCUUCCCAAUGCGAAUAUGAGGCCAAAACCCCAAGAAAGUAGGAGCUGCAUUUGUAUAUAUAAGAUGCUCUUUGCCUCAUUGACAAUGUUGCAAAACAUUACUAUUGUGUGUAGAGCAAAUAAAUGUAUUUAAGUUUUGUUGUCA